AUGAAAUCAGCUGGGGGGGAAACAACAACACAAAAGGAGGUGGCUCAGACUGGAACCGAGUGUCUGGACCAUUUAUGUGUACAUUUCACCACAAACAAAACAAAACAAAAGAGUUAGUCUCGGCUCCAAAAGGCGUGUAUUACCAACAGUGGAUGGUUCAACUCGACGGGGGCGCGCGAAGCUCCAAGAAGGCGGCACGGGGAAGCAGGAAGAAGGGGAUGUGAGAGGUGCUUUCUUCUGUGGCGCCUUGCAAAUACACGAUCUUUGUGUUCGACCGGACCUCAGCAACACGACCGUUUUGUUCCUUUGCCUGCUUUCUGACCCCGCAGCAGAGUGGCAUGUGGGUCAGUUCCGGAACCGUCGGAAGGGCUCUCUCCAUGGAUAUAGACACAGACUAUGAGCGGCCCAAUGUGGAAACCAUUAAAUGUGUGGUGGUAGGGGACAACGCAGUGGGCAAGACCAGGCUUAUAUGUGCCCGAGCUUGCAAUGCCACCCUCACACAGUAUCAGCUGCUCGCCACCCACGUGCCAACCGUUUGGGCCAUCGACCAGUAUCGUGUAUGCCAGGAGGUGUUAGAAAGAUCUCGUGAUGUUGUGGAUGAGGUCAGUGUGUCCCUCAGGCUCUGGGACACAUUCGGGGAUCAUCACAAGGACAGACGAUUUGCCUAUGGCAGGUCGGAUGUCGUGGUGCUUUGCUUCUCUCUGGCUAAUCCCAAUUCCCUGCGCCAUGUCCGCACCAUGUGGUUUCCGGAGAUCAAGCACUUCUGUCCACGGACGCCCAUCAUCCUUGUUGGCUGCCAGCUGGAUCUCCGCUACGCUGACCUGGAUGCGGUUAAUCGGGCACGCCGACCCCUUGCCAAACCCAUAAAACCAACAGAUAUCCUUCCGCCCGAGAGAGGCCACGAGGUGGCAAAGGAGCUCGGGAUACCCUACUAUGAGACCAGCAUUGUCGCCCAGUUUGGCGUUAAGGAUGUUUUUGACAACGCGAUACGUGCCGCCCUCAUCUCCCGUCGCCACUUACAGUUCUGGAAGUCACACUUGAAAAAAGUCCAGAGACCACUCCUCCAAGCACCUUUCCUGCCUCCUCGCCCACCACGCCCCAUUGUUGGAAUCCCAGACCCCCCUCCCAGUGACGGCGAGGGCCCCGAUUCUCUCUUCUGCCACCCGCUGUGCGCAGAUGUUGUUUUCCUGCUUCAGGGCGGCACCACUCGUGUUUAUGCCCACAAAGUGUACCUGGCCACUUCCUGCUCCAAGUUCUACGACCUCUUCACCCUCGAUUUAGGUGCAGCCUGCAUGGGGCCGGAAGGGGAGCAGGAUAAAAGCAAGGAAAGCUCUGACAGUGGGGAGGAAGACGAGCUGAGCAGGAGAGGAGCCAAGGAGCAAGCUGGCCGCACCAAGAGUCUGGACAUUGACAAAGACGGGGUGGAUGGCUGCGCGCGGGGCCUGAAUUGCCCGCCGCUGCUCCAACACGGCUCGUUGCGGACUUCCCAGAGUGAUAAUGCACUCCCCUCACGAGCCCAGUGCUCUCUGGGAGCUCCUGGGAGUGGCCGGGCACUUUCAGGAUGGGGAAGAGGGUUCUUGAGUGUUUGCCUGGAGCAUGUUGAUGACCCCAUGACUGGACGGCUGCGACUAAUGACUGUGGUAGUCAUGGAUGCACUCAUACAGGAGGAGCCAUUUAAGGCGGUCCUUCAGUACCUGUACACCGGCAGCCUGAAUGAGAGUCGAGGCGAUCUGAUGCAGGUGGCCACCAUCGCAGAGCUCCUCGAGGUGUUCGACCUACGGAUGAUGGUGGCCAAUGUGCUCAACAGGGAGAGUUUCAUGAACCAGGAGAUAACCAAGGCAUUCCAUGUCCGCAGAGCCAACCGCAUCAAGGAGUGUCUCAACAAAGGCACCUUUGCUGAUGUGGUGUUCCGGCUGGACGAUGGCUACCUCCCCGGCCACAAACCCCUGCUCAUCUCCAGCUGUGACUGGAUGGCUGCAAUGUUCCGGGGAUCUUUCAUGGAAAGCUACAUUGAAGAGGUGCCCAUUCCCAGCACGAGUACAGCAUGUAUGCGAGGUGUGUUGGAGUUCCUGUACUGCGGCAUGCUGACACCUUGUCCUCAUCUGGAGUCCAUAGAACUGAUCGUGGUGGCCAACCGUCUUUGUUUACCACGCCUGGUGGCCCUCACUGAGCAGCAAGCCGUUGAUGAGCUCCUGCUGUUGACAGGGAAAGGAGUCGACAUUGAUGGGCAGGUGUUGGCAUACUUGGAGCUAGCGCAGUUCCACAAUGCCAAGCAGCUAUCAACCUGGUGUCUCCAUCACAUCUGCACUAAUUAUAACAGCAUCUGCCGCAAGUUUCCCAAAGACAUGAAGGUCAUGUCUCCAGACAACCAGAAGCACUUUGAGAAGCAGCGCUGGCCGCCUGUGUGGUUCCUGAAGGAGGAGGACCGCUACUUGCGAUCCCAGAAGGAGCGUGAGCACGAGGAGGAGAUCCUGCGCAAGCAGCACACCAAACGAGGCUGGUGUUUCUGGAGACACCCGUCCUCUUCGCCGCACGUCUCCUAGGCGUCCGCCGGCCUGGCCCUUCGUCGGCACCUCGUGCGGCCAGGAGGUUUGAAGCCUUUUCUUUGUCUCUCAAUGCAAAUCGGACUCAGUGUUCCUCGGAUGCCAGCGCGUGGAGAGGGAAUGUACUUUUUGUGCCUCUUUACAAGCGCGGGAAUGCAGCAAUGGCGGACAACCUGACCAGCCUGCGGGUGACAGCAGCACACUCCCUUGGACGUCAUCCCGUCCGUAGAAUGACUGGACUGGGAUCAAGGGCUUUCUAUCUCUCCCAGACGCCACCUUCCAGCUCCAGAAUUUGUAUUUGUUUUUAUAACUUUGCCUUCACUGCAGACUGUUAGCUUGCACACACAAAAACCCGUGCCCAGGAUCUGCCUGUCUACAACCAGCACUGGAUAUCCAGGAAUCGACUCAACACAACUGUAAGUACUUUGAUAAAAAUCGUCCAUUUUGUAAACCCCCGGCACCUUUCUACAUGGCGACCAACCGCUAACUGUUAACUCAGAGCACAUUUCUGGAUGCUGUAGUUUAAGAGGCUUAACCACACCCACUGACCUAUCUAGUCCGUCUCCGUCCUGCACCAUGGUCCAUUCCCUACACUCAAGCUUGCCAAACUGCACUUCAGAGACUUUCCCAAGUGACCACUCAAUAGCAAUGACGGAGCCUUACUUGACGCCUCUUCCUGGAGGCACGAUGCAUCCAGUAUUAAAAAAAAAAAAGACACAA